AGGUCAGGGUGGGGGCCGAUGGGGGCUAGAGCCAUGGUGAAGAGAGCCGAGAGGGAUGGGGAGAAGGCAAUACUCUCACUCAGGGUUCCAGAAACGAUUCAAGCCUGAGAGGCUCAAAAGCAGAAAUUUGACAUUUUGGUAUUGGAGGAAUGGAGUUUUGGGACCAUCCUGGGGUUGUGGGUAUGUGCCAAAAAUAGGAACAGGACAUUGGCUUGUACACAAACCCCUCUUGGGGAGAGAGUAGGAAUAUGCCCAGAUGUCUCUGUUGUUCUAUUUGCUUGGGGUGUCUGUGUCUCUAACACUGUAUGUGUGCCUGUGUGGGUGUACAUUUAGCUGACUGCUGCCUAGAGGGGAAGGAGCGAACAGUUAUGAAGUAUCUCCCCAGUGUCAGGCACAGCGCUCAGAGUUUAACUUAUGUUUUCUCAUAACCCUCCCAACAACUCUGUGAGGUAGGUAUUUUAAUCUCUUUUACAGCAGAGAUGACAGGCUCAGUGAAGCAGAGUAAUUUGCCCCAAGUCACAUGGCAAAGAAAUGUGCAACUCUAGGAUCUCCAGAUUCCUGCCUCUGUGCUCUUUCCGAUUUGCUGUCCAGUUUUGAGUUAGACGCAGAACUUCUUUGUGGCCAAAAGGUAAAAGUCAGGUAUGAACAGCAGCUUUGGAGACCUGGGUACUGGCGGCUGCAGCCCUUGGGAUGACCCUGCUCGCUUCAUCGUGGUGCCUACGGCCUACGCCCUAGCGCUGGGCUUGGGGCUGCCCUCCAAUGUGGCCGCCCUGGCAGUGUUCCUCCGCAGUGGUGGGCGCCUAGGCCAGGCCCUACGUCUCUACCUGCUCAACUUGGCCCUGGCCGACGUGCUUUUCACGCUCACGCUACCGCUGUGGCUCACCUACUACCUGGGCCCGGCCCACUGGCCCUUCCCAGAGGCCGCUUGCCGCGCGGCCGGGGCUAUCUACUACGUGUCCACCUAUGAGGCUGUGGCCUUCGCAGCGCUCAUCAGCGUGUGCCGCUGCGGCUUGGUGCGCGGGCCGGGGCCGAGCGCGCCCGCCCGCCUUGCGCUGCGCCGCCGAGGCCCAGCCCGGGCCGCCUGCGCUUCUGCGUGGCUGGCGGGUCUGGCCUGCGCCGCGCCCUCGCUGGCCGCGCCGCACGCGCUGCGCCCUGGCCCGGGCGGCUCUGUUCGCUGCCUCGAGCACGGCUGGGCGCGCUCCGGCCUGGCCUACGCCACCGUGGCCUUUUUUGCGGCCGCCUUCUUGCUGGUGUUGGCGGCCUACGUGAGCCUGGCGCGGGCGCUUGCGGCGCCCUCGGGCCCAAGCCCGGCGCCUGCAGGCCCGCACCGGCGCGCGGCCAGGACCAUGGUCUUGGGACUUCUACUCGUCUUCGUACUCUGCCUGGCGCCCUACCACCUGCUGCUGGCGCCCUGGGUGGCUGGACAGGAGGGCGCCGCGGGCGGUGACGGUGGCGGGUGUCACGCCACCUCCACCCUCGACGUCUUGCACACUCUCAGCCUGGCGCUGCUGAGCCUCAACAGCUGCCUGGACCCUCUAAUUUACUGCUUCUCUGUGCGCCGCUUCCGCCAGGACUGCUGGGCGCUGAGCUGCCGCCCGGGGUUGGGGGGCCCCGGCGCCCACGGGGCUUCUUUUGUCUUACCUUAA